AUGCGUUUCGAGGGUCUCAGUGCAUCUGCCGACGGCAACACCCUCUACGUCCUCCUCCAGUCUGCCGCCAUCCAAGACGGCGGAAACUCCAAGGCCACCCGCCAACACGUCCGCUUCCUAACCUACGACGUCUCCGACAAGCUCAGCCCCGUCCUCACCCAGGAAAACGUCGUACCCCUCCCUUCCUUCAUCGACGGCACCGACGGCAACAAGACUCGCUUCGCCGCCCAGUCCGAGCUCUACUCCCUCCAAAACGGCCAGUUCCUCAUGCUGGCCCGCGACUCGUCGGCCGGCACCGGUCUCGCCUUCUCGCAGUCCAACUACCGCCACAUUGACGUGUUUGACGUGUCCGCGGCCACGGACAUUGCCGGCACCAAGUACGACGACGUUGGCGGCGCCGUGUCACCCGGUGGCGUUCUCGUCAGCGACAUCACCCCGGCCACCGUGUGCCCAUGGAUCGACUUCAACGUCAACUCUGAGCUUGCCAAGUUUGGUCUCCACAACGGCGGUGCCCAAGACAUCGGACUCCUGAAUGAAAAGUGGGAGUCCAUCUCGCUCGUCCCCAUUCACGUUGAUGAGAAGGGCAAUAGGAAGAGCGGGGCCAAGGCGGAUAGCGAAUAUUACAUUAUUUCGCUGAGCGACAACGACUUUAUUACCCAAGAUGGGGCUAUGAACUUUGGAAACAUGCCUUAUAGCGACGAAAGCGGCGCUGAGCUCAACAACCAGGCACUUGUGUUCAAGGUCAGGAUUGAGAGUUAG